AUGGCGUCGGAGCAAGAAUCAAGCGUCCUGCAUCAAAAUUUGUCCAUGGAGGCCAGAACGGACACAACAAGCUCGCCGUUCUAUCUCCAUCCAUCUGAUAAUCCGGGAUUGAUUCUUGUCUCUGAUCUACUCACUGGUGAUAAUUUUCACACCUGGCAACGAGCAAUGAAGACCGGACUUAGAGCUAAGAACAAAUACAAGUUUGUCGAUGGUUCAUUGCCACGACCACUGUCAUCCUCACCAGAAGAAGAGAUUUGGGACAAAUGUAACUCAAUGGUCAUUUCUUGGAUCCUAAACUCAGAAGAAAAGGAAAUCCACCACAGCAUAGCCUUCAUUGAAUCUGCAGAGGAAAUCUGGCGUGAGUUGCAAGAAAGGUUUGGCCAGAGUGAUGUUCUACGCAUUUAUCAACUUGAGCGAGAUCUUGCCUUGCUUCAGCAAGGAGAUCUCUCUGUAGCUACAUACUUUACAAGGUUGAAAAUUCUCUAG